CCAUAUAUUAUGUCCCGGCAGUUGCAGUAUGACACAUCACCAUUGAUAUGGUCGCCCUGCAGUAAGGAAUACAUCACACGGUUUUUAGAUCGAGGUUGGGGGUCAUGUCUGGAUGACUUGCCAGCGAAGAAAGAUUUCAAACAUCCUCUGAUUGCUCCAGGAGUCUUGUAUGAUGUCAAUCACCAGUGCCAGCUGCAGUAUGGACCCAAUGCCACUUUCUGUGAACUAGUUGAAAAUGUUUGCCAGACUCUUUGGUGUUCAGUAAAAAAUUCAUGCCGCUCGAAGCUUGAUGCCACAGCAGAUGGGACCAGAUGUGGAGAUAAUAAGUGGUGCAUCAGUGGUGCAUGUGUUAACGUGGGCAAACAACCA